AUAGAGGUGAUGGUCGCCGAGACGGUCUGCGACGAAACCUUCAGGGCGAGCAAAACAUGUCACAUCAAACAGGGAUAACAGCAAAUGAAGAGUUGCUGAGUUUCUUCAGUAACUGUCGCAAUGGGAACGUCCGAGCCUUUGGAAUCACAAUUGACAAUGAGGCUCUUACUCUUGGAACUUGGAAGCCUCCUCACAAGUCAUGGGAACAGGAUUAUGACACAGUGGUGCUGCCAAUGCUGAAGCCCAAGCAGCCUUCAUAUAUCCUUUAUAGGUUGGACAGUCAGGCCCAUGGAGGGUACGAGUGGGUUCUCAUCACCUGGUCCCCGGACGACUCUCCGGUGCGUGAGAAGAUGCUGUAUGCCUCCACCAAGGCCACCCUCAGGAAGGAGUUUGGUGCAGCUCAGAUCAAGGAUGAGAUUUUUGGCACAGUAGAGGACGAUGUGAGUCUAGAUGGCCUGCACCGCCACCGCAAGGCUGCUGCAGCCCCAGUGCCUCUGACAGCAAGGGAGGAGGAGAUCAAUGAAAUCAAAAAGCAGGAGGUGGGCGUGGACAUCAGUGUGGACACCAAACACCAAACAAUGGCUGGCAUAACCUUCCCUAUGGUCCCUGAUGCCCUUGAAGCCGUCAAAAGCUUCACCUCAGGGGAGCUGCAGUAUGUCCAGCUCAAGAUAGAUAUGACUGCUGAGGAGAUCCAGCUGGAGAGUGUUGCCGCAUCCCUGGCCGUGGGGGACUUGCCAAAGCGUGUUCCAGAGUCAGCCGCCCGCUACCAUCUAUAUCGCUUUGAUCACAAUUAUGAAGGAGACUUUUACCAUAGCGUGUUGUUCAUCUACUCCAUGCCCGGGUAUGCCUGUCCCAUCAAAGAGAGAAUGUUGUACUCCAGCAGCAAAAACCCCGUCACAGACCUCCUGGAGAAUGGAUUUAACUUGUUCAUUGCAAAAAAACUUGAAAUUGGAGAAGGCUCUGAGUUGACAGAGGAAUACUUGCUUGACGAGAUUCACCCCAAACAAAACCUUCAUCGCCCCAAGUUUGCCAAGCCCAAGGGCCCGGCCAACCGUGGGGCCAAAAGGCUGACCAAGGCACCCAAGGACGAGUGAGAGAAGCCUCGGUGAGGGGCGCACCAGCCAGGGUGAGGAUCUGUAGGCUUCCAGUGACAGGAGAAGGAUAAGCUGGCUUGAUUUUAACCUAUAAUUUUUGUUUGCUAUAAUUCAUGAUGAGUUUUCAAUGUUAUUUAUUUGAUAAUAUUUGGCUGAAGUGGUAGUCCAGCUAUUUUCAUCCACACAGUUUUGAAAAUGAUUAUUCAUACUGAUAACCUGUAGGUGAUAGAUAUGAUACAUUGCAAAAGAAGGAUUAUGUUGUUCCUAAAAGAUAUAUCUAUUAAAAAAAUCAGACAACUUAAAGACAGAUACAUAUACAUGUAUUAUCACUGUUGUUAUUGUUAAUGUUACAAAUUAUUAUAAUUAUUAUUAUUAUUAUUAUUAUUAUUAUUAUUAUUAUUAUUAUUAUUAUUAUUAUAUAAUUAUCAUUAUUGUUAUCAUCUGCAUUAUUUCUGUAUCAUAUAUUAUAUUACUUUCCCAUUUAACUUUCUUAUAAAGGCUAAUAUACCAAACAUUUGAGAGACAGACAGCAAAAGGUGUGAAAAUGUAGGCAUUUCUUAACCUAAUUUCUAGCAGCUCUCAAAAUGAUAUAUAUAUAUAUAUAUAUAUAUAUAUAUAUAUAUAUAUAUAUAUAUAUAUAUAUAUAUAUAUAUAUAUAUAUAUAUAUAUAUAUAUAUAUAUAUAUAUAUAUAUAUAUAUAUAUAUAUAUAUAUAUAUAUAUAUAUAUAUAUAUAUAUAUAUAUAUAUAUAUGCACUCAACAUUUUCAGCAGAGGUGAGAGUAAAGGGAUAACUGCAACACUUAUGUAAUACCUCAACUGGAGGAGAAAUGUGAUUAAGAGAUUUUUUAUCAAUGCAACUAGGGCAACAAACUACAUAACUGAUGCCUCACUACUUGAUUUAAGUAAAUAGAUUCUUUCCUCCUCCAGUACAAUUAAUUCAGUUCCCCAGAUUAAGGAGAGCUUUUUAUUUCUUCUUUUUUUUCACUUGUUGAAAAUCCAUCCUUUCCUCUGGAUAUCCAGUAAUGCCAAAACAACAAAGAAACAAUACAAGUGACAAAGUAGUACAGUAACACAAUGCAUUCACAUUGUAAACACAAUAAAAAUAAAGAUCGGGUGAUAAUUAGUAUUAGUAAAUCAGUGAUGAAUAGUUUUGGGGUAAUGUUGCAGUGAAACUCACAUGAAGUUGGGGGGGGCCUUGUUGUCAUAAUGGGUUACUACAGGGAUGAGGCAGAUCAGGUGUUGACUGUUUAUUUUCUAAUUCAUUUUCUUUUCUGACAUAAAAAUGAAGAGUUUGGUCACAACAAAUUUUGUAAUGUAUAAUUGGGAAGCCAGGUAUUGCAAACAGAGCAUGAACUGUCUAACUAAAAGGUGCAGUUUAUCCAUAUAAUAUGUUAUAGUAAAGCUCUUCAUCAUAGUCAUAUGCAAACCAGGAUACGAGGUUGAAGCCGGAUGCAAGGAAAUCAUGAUAGAAAAAAUGUAUGUCCAUGGAAACAAAGCAAAAGUUAAUUUAAAAAAUACAUUGAUACACCAUUGAUUCUAAUCUUAAUCUAGAUAAUAAAAAAAAAUCCAACUAGCAUCUCCCUCUGUUACAAUAGGAGCAGACUUGGCUGCACCCUGGAAUGAGGUGAGGAAGCAGCAUCCUGAUAACAUCAAGAUGAAGUCAGAUAUUUACAUCCCUAUUAGCUUAUGUGCCUGUUGGUCCAAGGCUUGUAAUAUUUGUUCACUCAUCCUGGGUAUGCAGACCCAGUAGUUAUCAUCCUGCCCUUCAUGAUGGGAUACAGGCCCAUAAUACCUGUGGAGAGUAGGAGUACAGGUUGAGUAAUUCAUAUCCAUUGUUGACUUUAUUACUCUUCAUAAUACCAUGUACAGUUUUCUUACUUGAGAAAAUUUAGUAUAAGAGUUUAUAUAUUUGCUACCAGAAAGUUUAGCAUUUUUUUACAAUGGCUUGUUAACCUUUUGCAUCCAUAUCCAAAUUCUUUUGUUUGAAUCAUUUCUGAAGUGAUAAAAAUCUGAAUACUGGUUUUCUCAUACACUAUCAAUGUAGCUCUCUUUUUAUAUAAACAUGGACAAUACUCUUGAGGAAAGUUAAACUUCAUUUUGUUUAAGUUUUUCCCUUUAUACAUGUAACUGAGUCAUCCAAGGGAAACAAGCUCCCAAAUUCUCUUGAUUUACAUGCCAGAAAUGGAUGUCUUUGUUUUUCAAAAUGUUUUAUUUAAAGCUUUGUAUUUCACAGCUGACUAGUCAGCCUUCUGUUUCAUAUUAAUUUAUUCAUUUAUUUAAAUGAUAGUUUUAGUGAGAAAACACUUUUUGUGAGUGACUGUGUAUGCCAUUUUUAGGGCUCAGAAUACCUAAAUAUUCUUUGUGUUUUAAUCAGUUGAACAUGUAUGUUAUUACUUAUCUGAUUAUUAUACAUUAGUGAGAUAACAUUACAUCCAGCAACAGCUGCAGUCUGAGAAUACAGUGUCAGUGAAAUGGUACACUGUGACAUUUUUUUGAUGAGCAAGUUGUAGUAGUUGUAAGCACUGGAUCAACCAGCUACCUACACCACAUUCCUGGGACUCCAAAAUAGUCCUUACCUGCAUGGUCUAUUGAAUUUAUUUGGUUGACUUUAUAUGACAAAAAUUAUACCUAACUCAAAAGCUUAAUAUGUGACAGUUUACUUCAGCUUCUCCACUCAGGUUGUUUUUUCAUUAUAAUAUAUUCUGUUUUGAUGUUUGAGAAGACAUAAUUGAAUGACAGUAUUGCUAGAGUUAGUUAUCUGAUCUCUUCAACAUCAACUGACUCAUCCAGAUAAAAAUGCUUCAUAUAUAUAUAUUUAUCAACACAGUAUAUUUUAUAAUGGCGUAGAAUGUAAAACUACUGGUGAGUUUUCUUGUUCCUUUUUGUAGUAGUUGAUUCUUUGACAUUGUGAUUAUUUGUCUAUACAGGGUUCUCAAUACCUUUCAUGUGCACCUGCCAUGGUUAAAUUUACUCUUGGACAGAAAACCUGCCAAACUGAGUUGCAAAGCACUACAGCAUAGAUAUAAAUCCAAAGAUAUUUCAACAUUUUCAUAAAUAUCAAGUCAAUCAGUGAUGGUUUGAUGAUUAUUUUUGCAUGUGACUCAGGGCCAAGUAUAUCUGUUGUUACCUGUAAUGUCUUAUGUUUCAUUUCCUUUAGCUGAGCCAUACCUGAGAUUAACUCAACUUUCCCCUUCACCUGGCAGGUGUCUCCCCCUUGCAUGAGAUGGAAUGAAUAGAUAAAGUGAAUUGCUGCUCUCUGUGCCACAAACCUGUCGUCUUCACAAUAGCUUCAAGAACGCUUAAAUGUAUUGAAAAGAUUUGGAGCUAUUAUUGUGAUAAGUCUUUCAUAUGGACAAGGAGGUAGAAAUCACAUGUACCAUCUUCAGAGGAAGCAGGUUGAAUUGCCUCUUCAAUACAUGUAUUAUCUUGUCAUGUUGAUACAGGCAAUAUAUUUUAUAAGUAAUUUUAAAUCUUCAUAUAUCAGACAUAGGGUCUCUCAGAGCCUUGACAAUCUGUGCUACCACAUAUAUCUGUGUCCCUUCCUGUACCUAUUUCCUGCUUUGUGUAGCACUUGAGUUGUAGUGCUUUGUGUGACGAGGUCAUUGUGUGCAUCCAGUUUUCCUAAACAUGGCUAUUUUGAGGCUGAAAACCCAACCAAAGUUCAGAUGAAGUCUUACUCUAAGAGUUGCAGUAUAAUAUUGAUAUUUGAAAAAAAUACACAUGAAUUUGAUUGUGAUAAUUAUGAGGUGAAUGUAUAUAUUUAUUCUUACCACUUUCAUAAUUUGUAAGUACAAUCAAUUUUUGUUACAAUGAUAUAAUAAUAUUUAUUUAGAAUACAAAUUUUAUCAGUGCGAGUUUAGUCAUGUUGCCCUCCAGUUUAUAUUAUGAUGUAUUGGAAGAGUACAUAAUUUUAUGCUCAAGUUUUGCUUAAAGUAAUUGUUUCACUAGUUUGGACUUUGUAUGAUGAAACCCACAUGAGGUAUAAGUGCAUAUUAUUACAAUAUUUCAAAGAGCUUUUAUAACCUAACUGUUGUACAGCCCAUGACCAACGCUUAACCAUGCAUAACUUACAAAGAGUUGCUCAAGUGGGAGAUGAGUACUGGUGCAGCAGCAGCAGCAGUGCCUGGUACCAGGCAGGGUAGUGUGGAGCUGCAGUGACUUGUGUAUCAAUGUAAAGCUGUUAUUGCUUAAAGCUAAUGUGGCUUGUCCAGCAGUGUGCAAUGCUGAGUUGUUGUUUGAGUACGAAGCUGUUGAGUAUUGUGGAGCAGUGCCGGGGGCAUUGAGUUGUUACUGCUUAGAGCUGACGUGUCUUGUGAAGUAAUUUGGCGCCGACUGUAAAACGCUGAGCCUUGCUGCACCAUUGGUUUAGGGGGCUGGUGCCCUUACCACUGCCAUGCUUGGGAGUAGUCAGCCAGGGUAAAGGCAAGGCUGUAUACUUUAUUAACAGGAUUUGCCUUGGGCUCCCACAUGCCAGUAUUCUCUUACUGUGUAAGAUUUGAGCUGGAAAAAUGUAUUGGUGGGUUUUCAUGCUUUAUACCUGAGAAAAAAUUAGAAAUGAUGAUUUUAAGGGAUUCUUUGACUAUUGUGACCUGUUGAGGGUGUUUUAUAUGAUAGAGUUGUGUUUGCUGUGUGAUGGAGUAUGUAACCCUUGUGUGGUGAUUAUUUUUUAUUGAAUGAAAUUCCUACUUUCA